AUGUCGAGAGCUCCUGAGUCUGGAGCCGAGAUUCGGGGUCUUACACCCGACCACCUGAUCACAUCGACUGCUCAACGCAAUAAUCGUGACAAGGAGACUGCACUGCAACCGGAGAUACCCGACACUUGGCUCUCCGGUGCUGAGUGGACCAAAUCGUGACCUGCGGCCUAUGCGGGUGGGAGCCGAGGAGAGACGGCCGCUCUCCCGGUUCUCUGGCUGACAAGGGAGCACUCCCAAAUCACCUCCCCUCCCCCCUCUGGACCGGUGGGGGUUAUCCCGGUCCUCGAGAACCCAAGCUGCCUCAGUCGCGGACGCUUCUGUGAGCCCUGCAAACCUCCCUAGCCACACGGGAGAUGGCGGAGGCACCAGGCCCUACAACACGAGGUCUGAUACUGCCACAACCUGACUCAGCAGGCCCUAAGACCAAAGUAAUGGAUACUCUGGGAGCCAUAAUCGACAAGUUUUGGGCCAUGCUGCUCAACCGUUCAAGGCAAGCAAUAGCCACACGGGAGCCCGGUCAGGAAGACAGUGUAAGAAAUAAGGAGCGGCCUGGGAGGCCUCUUAUGGGCCGACAGCUACCCCACACUACUCCGACUACACUAAAGCGACGGAAGCCGUGGAAACAACACUACCGGCUGAGACAGCGAGCCGCGGACAGGUACCCUGCCCACCGCUGCCGUGAUGUACCGAACCCCAACGUACUGCCACCUGUCCUGGGCUACAUGGAGAAACCACCGCGGCCACCUCUGAGCCGCUCCCUAGGCCGUCCGGGGCAAGACAUCUCCCCACCAACUGAGAGAGCCGCUGCCUGGCGAGGCACCACCAUGCUGGACAGUCCGAUAUACCCUGUGGGCAUAGGCUGA